GCCCCCUUCCCUUCCCGUGGUGCUCCGCGCGGCCACGCCCCCUUCCCUUCCCGUGGUGCCUUGCGCGGCGGCGGCGGCGCCAUGUUCCUGCAGUGCUACAGCGACGAACGAGGCGAGCGCGUUUACACCCUGAAGAAAAUGUCCCCGGCGGGACAACCCACUCGUUCGGCACACCCUGCCCGUUUUUCACCCGACGAUAAGUUUUCCCGGCACCGUCUGGCUUUGAAGAGACGGUUCGGCGUUCUGCCCACCCAGCGGGCUCGGCCGCUUCUCUGAGGAAUCACCACCACCCCCCCCCCCCCCCCCCCGCCCUCCUCCGGGAGGGGACGGAACGGAACGGAAUAAACCGAUGAGACCCGAA